CUCUCCUUUUCUGCCGCGGGGUCGAACAAGGCGCGGGCACUGACCGACCAUCAUGGCUGAUUACCUCAUCAGCGGCGGCACCGGCUACGUUCCAGACGACGGGCUGACGGCGCAGCAGAUGCUGAAUUGCGGAGACGGCCUCACGUACAAUGACUUCCUGAUACUCCCUGGCUACAUAGACUUCACUGCAGACCAAGUGGAUCUGACUUCUGCUUUGACCAAGAAGAUAACUUUGAAGACUCCAUUGGUCUCCUCCCCUAUGGACACCGUGACAGAGGCCAGCAUGGCCAUUGCGAUGGCACUGACAGGAGGGAUUGGGUUCAUCCAUCACAACUGCACUCCAGAAUUCCAGGCCAACGAAGUACGGAAAGUUAAGAAAUACGAACAGGGUUUUAUCACAGACCCAGUAGUCCUGAGCCCCAAAGAUCGGGUCCGAGAUGUUUUCGAAGCGAAAGCCAGACAUGGGUUCUGCGGCAUUCCCAUCACAGACAACGGGAAGAUGGGCAGCCGGCUUGUGGGGAUCAUCUCGUCCCGAGACAUCGACUUCCUGAAGGAAGAAGAGCACGACUUGCCUCUCAGUGAGAUCAUGACCAAGCGAGAAGACCUUGUUGUAGCACCCGCAGGGGUAACGUUAAAAGAAGCCAAUGAAAUUCUGCAGAGGAGCAAAAAAGGCAAGUUGCCCAUUGUUAAUGAACAGGAUGAGUUGGUGGCCAUAAUUGCUCGCACAGAUCUGAAGAAAAAUCGGGACUAUCCCCUGGCAUCCAAAGAUGCCAAGAAACAGCUGCUUUGUGGGGCUGCCAUUGGGACCCACGAGGAUGAUAAAUAUCGGCUCGACCUCCUUGUGCAAGCUGGUGUGGAUGUUGUUGUGCUGGAUUCCUCCCAAGGAAACUCCAUUUUCCAAAUCAACAUGAUCAAAUAUAUCAAAGAGAAAUACCUUGAGCUUCAGGUCAUUGGAGGCAACGUGGUGACAGCAGCUCAGGCAAAGAACUUGAUCGAUGCUGGAGUGGAUGCCUUGAGAGUCGGCAUGGGCAGUGGGUCCAUCUGCAUCACCCAAGAAGCUGCUCCAAAGAUCCCUCCAGACCUAAAGUCCCACAGCCCCAAAUGCCCUUCCACAAUCACUGGCACCUAUAUCUUGGCAUGUGGGAGGCCCCAGGCCACAGCAGUAUACAAAGUAUCUGAGUAUGCCCGGAGGUUUGGCGUGCCAGUGAUUGCAGAUGGUGGCAUCCAGAAUGUUGGCCACAUAGCCAAGGCCCUGGCACUUGGUGCUUCCACAGUGAUGAUGGGCUCCCUCCUGGCUGCCACCACAGAGGCCCCAGGGGAGUAUUUCUUCUCUGAUGGGAUCCGACUAAAGAAAUACCGGGGCAUGGGAUCGCUGGAUGCCAUGGACAAGAACCUCGGUAGUCAGAACAGAUACUUCAGUGAGACAGAUAAAAUUAAAGUGGCUCAGGGGGUUUCUGGAGCCGUGCAGGACAAGGGCUCCAUCCACAAGUACGUGCCAUACCUGAUUGCUGGCAUCCAGCACGCCUGCCAAGAUAUCGGUGCCAAGAGCGUCACCCAAGUUAGGUUGGGAAUGUUGUCUCAGUCUGCUCCUGUCUUUCACCAUCAGGGCCAUGAUGUAUUCAGGAGAGCUGAAGUUCGAAAAGAGGACAACGUCUGCCCAGAUGGAAGGAGGGGUUCACGGUCUCCACUCAUAUGAAAAGCGCCUUUUCUGAUGAAGGUCCUCUUCGCCUUCCCACAGCCUCUUUGCCUCGUGAGUGCCUGUGCUGCCCUUCUCAUGAACUGCUCCAUGGAAGUGCCAUUUUGCCAGCAGGGCUGGGGCUGUUCACGGCUCCCCCACCCCUGCUCAUCAGCUACUUUGACCAAGGCUGAGGAGAAUGUAUCGGCCUAUUCCAGAGGAAGUGCUGUCACUUGAAUAAGGCUCUUGAGAAGGGCCCUGUGUGGGUGCUGACCUGUGUUUCUACAAUAAAACUGAGAGGGAGCAUUUUCCACCUUCUUUUUGAUGAAAUGUA